ACGGUCCCUGAAGGCAGCCUCAGAGGAGGAAGGAUCCCUGGCAACGCUGUCACAAAGCUAACGUUGUCGUGAAUCCAUCAGCUCUGCCAAAAUGCGUUUUCAUACGAAGUUCGUCUUUCUCCGUGAAACCUCCACCUCGUAGCUCUCUCAGAAGUCCGCUAACCUUUCGAACAUGGACGUCUUUCACGAGCCCAGCUAGCCUGAUCGCCAUAAUCGGUUAAUCAGAUCGAGUUGUUGUUAGCCUGAGCUGGCUCCGGGAAGAAUAUGGCGAUUGUGUCUGGAUCCUGUGCCAGAGUCAACGGGUCCAGAAACGGGCCGUCUGUGUCUGCGAACCCCUCCGGGUCUGUGGGACAAUCUCAGCCCAUGAUCGCGGUCUGGGAAUGGCAGGACGAUCUGGGGUUUUGGAGGCCUUACAGCGGCCAGGUGAGCGCCCACAUCGAGAGGUGUCUGGCUCCGCGGGGCCACCGAGGAGGGGGACCCGGCUCGACCAGCAUCUGCCUGGGACAAUCAGACCCCAGCCUGUCGCCUUAUCUCAUCGACAUACCGAGUCUGAAACAGUUCCGACAGGACACAGGUGAGUCUCAGGUGGACCACAACACUCAGGGUGGUCCGACCGCAGAGUUAAAGGGCCGGACCGACCUUAGCUGGUUAGCUUAGCUGAGGACCAGGGUGCAGAGAGUCCCACUAAAGUCCACCAGAUCAGAACCACAUUAACGGGUUCUAAGACCACAUAAUAUGAUCAAUAUAAGCAGAUAUAUGUUGGAGAAAUCCCGGAUCAGACCCUGUGACUGAGGUCUGUGGACUCUCCGGCAGAUUCCCCCGGAAAACAGACCUGACUCUGGAGUGGAAGUUCCCACACGGACUCAGAAGAACCUCCAAGAACAGAACAGAACCCAAACACUCAUCCAAGGUGGACCCAGUACAUGACCUCAGGUCCAACAUGGAUAAGAAGUGACCGUCUGUUUUAGUCUGAUUGGACCUGAGUGCAGAUUUUCAUACAGUCGACCACGAAAUUCUUUUAGACAGACUGUAAUUUUAUUGGCUGUUUUUAACUGCUUUGAAUCUCUUACUGACUAUUUUAUUUUGCUCUCUAAAUGUUUUGACAUGAAGUGUGGUGUUCCCCAAGGUUCCAUUUUAGGCCCCACUCUUUUUAAUCUUUAUAUGGAGGUACGGCAUCUAUUUCCACAGCUAUGCUGACGACACACAACUUUAUGUCGCCGUGUCUCCUGAUGACACAGGGCCACUUGAUGUCUCUUUUAACUGCAUUUUAGACGUUAAAUCAUGGAUGUCAGAGAACUUUUUACAGCUCAGCAAGAGAUCACAUUACACCGAUUUAAAGGUCUCUGCUUUGGCUCCCUGUCUCGUUUAUAAUAGAUUUUAAGGUUGUUUUAUUGGCUUUUAAAGCUCUUAAUGGGUUUGGCCCUUCUUAUUUAUCUAAUCUUCUUUUACUUUAUGAGUCAGGUCGAGUCAUAAGGUCAUCAGGAAGUUCUCUGUUAACAUUAUUACCUAAAGUUGAAACUAAAACAUACGAUAAGACAUCUUUUUAUGACUACGGCCCCGUCUGUGGAACAGCUGACCUGAAGAGCUGAGGACCGAAACUAAUCUGAAUGACUCUAAAACCAAACUGAAAACAAACCUUUUUGGUUUUACUUUUAACUAAAUUUUAUAUCAUUAAAUGUUUCAGCAUUUAUCUCUUUCUAGUUUUAAUGACAGGAUCGUCUUUUAUUGAGCUGAUUUGGUGUUCUUAUUUUAGUGUCUUUUACUUGUUUUUAUUUCAUUUUAAUAAUAAUUUCUUAAAUUUCAUUCUAUGUUACUCUGUUUUUAGAUUUUAAACCUCCAGUGUUUCCUUAUCUUGAGUUUUAAAAUUCCUGUUUCCACUAAAUCGAGCCCUUUUUAAGUUCAUGUGUGUUAAUCCUGUUUCUGUUUGGAUGGUGGGGUGGGACUGAGCGGUUGGGUUGGGGUAGAUUUGGGUUUUCUUUGUUUCUUUUAUUCCUUUUCACUUUGUGUGACAUGGUUCUGUAAGAAAAGUGCUUUAUAAAUAAAGACUGAUUGAUUAAUUGAUUGUAGAAAUCAUGGACGUCCCAUCCUCCAGCCGGGUUACCGGUCCGGUCAUCCUUGAUGGUCUGGGUCUUCAUGAGCUCCCUACUCCACAUUAAACAAUGAGUCGAUAACAGUCGGGUUUUCACGCCCUGCUUUCCCAGCUGUAGGACUUUGGACUUGUACUCCGGGUGACAUUUUAAGAACCAGAACCUCUCCCUGUUUUCCUGUACUGAUGAAGAAUUCUGUCUUUCUCUUCCAGGUAAGACCCGCUCAGUACGCCGGUCUCUGUUUGCCCAGUCCUCAGGCCUGGGCAGUGGUGUUUACUGGGAAUGGGCCAAUGAUGAAGGGGGAUGGACUCCAUAUGAGACUCGAACCUCUAUCCUUCUGGAGCACAGCUAUCAGGCCCGCCAAGGCAUAGCGGACCUGGGCCCUCAUGGAUAUAACUACAUAGUGGAUCUGACAUCUCUGGCCCAAGUGAACAAAUCGACCGGUUACAGACGGCAGGUCAGGCGCCAGUGCAACCUCCCCUACCCUCUGGCCUCCACUGGUCCUCCAGCCAUCCCCUCAGGUCCAGCCUGCUCCUGCCAGCAGUGUCUGAGCCAUAGCAGCACAGGACCCAUGCCCAGUCGAUCCCGACACUCCUUUUCAUCGAGCAGUCUGAACCGGCCCAGCCUGCAGGGGACGGGAAGGGCUGUCGCUGCUCACCCCACCUCUGUAUACUCACCGUAUCCUAGGAGACCCCUCUCUGUCGGGGGGAUGUCCUGGGGCAGCCCCUGGCCUCCACCGCCCUCUGGUAGCCAACUGCCUCCACCGCUUCUGAGCAGCUCGACCAGCGCCAACGGGUUAAGGUUGGUGACCGUUUGUCUGUUUGAGCACUACAGCCUGCAGGUUUCCCUGUGACACACCUCUGAUGGUGCCAGGACCGGCUUUUGACGGUCGCCACGGUCGGUGUACGAGCGAUUGGAGCUCUGCACUCGAGAUAAGAGGGUUUAGGCUGUAAUGUGCAGAAAAAGGGUCAUAGUUCAGGACUAAGUUAAGUCCCUCAACUCUAGUAACUAAAAAGAAGCAGAAUCAAGAAAACACAGAAAACUUAUUUAUUAUGUUUAUUAUUAUUAUUUUACUUUAAUUGUUAUUUAUUUUCAAUUAUACUUAUUAUAAAUAUUACUAAUAUUAAGAUUAUUAUAAUUUAUUUUGUUUAUUAUUAUCAUUAUUAUUACUAUGACUUUAAUUCUUGUUUAUUUUUAAUUAUUAUUAUUAUAAAUGUUAAUAAAAUAAUCAAUAUUAUUAUUUAGUUGAUAAUGGUGAUGAUUAUAUAACUAAUCAUAAUAAUUAUUAUUAAAAAUAUCCUGAUUAUUUUCUGCUGCUGAUGGUGAUUAUUAUUUUAUUAUUAUGAAGAUGAUUAUGAUCAAAACAAUAAUAAUAAUAACAAUAAUUAUAACUAUUCUUUAUUCGUUAUAAAGUGUGUCAUAAAUCACGUCUGUUCUCGUAGUUCUGGAUGGGUUUAUUGGCGGAUGUCUAAAGUCGGUAAAUGUUGGCGGUUAUCUCGUUUUCCCGCCCCUCUUUGGUAUCAGAACUCCUCUGGGUAAAUUCUGGUUCUGUCCUGUUGUCCUGCCGGUUCUGACUGAGUGUCCCCGUCCUUGUUUCCUGUCCCGCAGUGUUCCUUCCAUCUCUGUGCAGCUGAAUGGAUCCACCAGCGUGAGCUCCGCCCUGGCAGGUAAACGGGUCACUGACCAUCCAUCCUGUCUGACCUCCGCUCAGACUUUUCAGAGGCGUGCACUUCUUCUCCUUGAUGUCUGUGUUUUUGUUCAUGUGCCUCUUCUUCUGCAUUCGUCUGGUGAGUGAGUGUCAGUCUGGUUAGGAACGGCGUGCCGCUGAAAACUGAAGGAUGUGGGUUUGAAAAGAAACGUCCCUCCACGUUAAAGUCAGGGUCAAAGGUUCCUGAAAACAGGCUCAGUUUCCUGCUGCUGUAACUCAGAGUUUCCUCCCUGAUGAUGAACUUUAGAUGAACUAUAAUGUCCAGUUAUUUUUAAUAAAUAUCACUGCAGAGCUGUGAUGAUGUCACGGUCAUGUGGUUGUCUGAAGGACCUGAAAGGUCACUCGCUGAUAUCCCAUAAUGCUCCUGCUCUGACAGUAAAGACACUCACCGCUUUAGUCCUCGUCACAAAGAUAAUCUCAACAGAACCGUUUGUUCUCGGGAUUAUUCUGAGGAAAGUUCUGACCUGUUUGAGAUCUCAGGGGUUUGGAGUGUGGAGGAAACUCUUCUGGAGUCUCCUCACAGUCGAACACGUCCUGACACAGGAGGUCAGUUUAACCAAACGGACGUUAAUAAUGAAAAAGCUGUUCACCUUCAUGAUGUUUAAAGAGAUAAUCUGAUUUUACACAAACGCAGGAGUCGGAGUCAGGAGAGACAUUUGAAGAGCUAACACAGUCGUCUCAGUCUGCAUACUCGGGAUGUUUGUCCACCUCAGCAGGUCUCUGUUAUGUUAGCACAGGAUGAUGGAGCUGUUAGCAAAGAUCAGGGCGGGGCCAAAGUCUGGGAGGUCAGGAGGUACUGCUGAGUUUCUGCUGGUCAUAAACCCUCAGAGUGUUUGGGACUCUGGUCUGAAGUAUCUGCUAACAGUUACCCCUGAUCUCCACCUUCAUCCUGAUCGUCUCCUAAAAGGUCGUAUCCUCCGAUCGUAGCUGAUCGUAACCAUUCAAGGUAACGUGUCAAUUUACACCGACUUCUUUCCGUUCCUCUGCGGAUCGCCGGACUCCUCAGCUGAUCACAAGGGUUACAAUUUUUCUGGACGCCGGAGCAUGGCGGAUAAAUUCAGCACAGAUUAACCCGUGCUGGAAAGGGUGAAUCUGCAGGUUCUUGUGAGUUCUCAUGAUUCCUGCUGCCCAAAACCCGACACGACAUUGGACGUCAUUUCACCCCGAUGACACCAUGGAUGAGGAGAUGCUGAUUCUAGAAGUCUAGAAGUAGAUUUCCUCCUCUGGAAGGACACAAUCUACUGCUAAUAUGUCUAUGUGUCUGUCUUUAGAGAGACAACUCGUUAUCACACGAUUGAACGUGAAUCUGUGGGUUCUUGUUAAUUCUCAUGAGUCCUGCUGUCCAAAACCCGACACGACAUUGGCCUCACAAACAGAUCCUGUAGGAAUUGGCGGACGGCGAAAAUUGCCACGUUCCGGAUCAGUGCCGUUCCGGAUGCGGUGUCAGAAUGAAGGUGAUGAUAUCUAGGCGUUAAUUAUAAUAUUUAUGGAGGCAGUGUGUGUUAGUGAAGCAGAGGCACCGAGUGAGCAAAGACAGAACCCCUCAUGCCCUGAUCCGGGUCUCCUGUGUAAUGGAAGCCCAGGUCAGAGAUGGUCACAGUAGGUCCCUGAGACAGUCAGAUCAGAAGGUCAGGACCGCUGCCCCCCAUAAACCCACCUACAUCAGGUCAGCAGUGAUCGAACCCUUUGCUCCCCUGUGUGUGAUGGACUCUCCCGUCUGAGUCCCGGUUCUUCUGGCUCUGUGUUGACACCUUCACCUGUGGGUGGAGCUUGUCCAGGUAUAGCCACACCCCCGUCCCACUCUGGUCCCGUGUCCCGGGUCGGGUUUCUCUCUGUGGAUGGUUGAGGGACUCGGUGGAGACAUCAUCUCUCAUACCUUUGAUUUGUUCCUUUCUGCUCCUGCAUCUCUCCACUCGCUCUCAACCCUCACCCCGCCCCACCCUGCCCCGCCCCGCCUCAUCCCAACCCCACCCCCCCCCCCGCUCCAGGCAUGGCCUCCAUUUUGAUGUCAGCAGUGGGACUCGGCGUGCACUUCACAUCCGCCCCCCUCCCUCAGCAGCAGCAGCAGCAGCAGCAACAACAGCAGCAGCAGCAGCAUCCACCUGCUCCACCUUUCUCUCUUCCUCCUCCUCUCCUCCCCCCAGCCAGCAGACCCUGCAAGCCCCCCAGCAGCAGCAGCAGCAGCAGCAGUUCAGUUAGGAGAGCAAAGAGGCAGCACAGGAGAGGUAGCUACCACGUCCCAGCCCUCCAUCUGCUUCUUCUCCUCCUCCAUCACUUUCUUUUGCUCCAUCUCCACAGGCUUGAGGACCAUCCUCCAUCAGCUCACUGUCCUCAUGAGUCCAUGCUGUGUGUCCACGUCCUCAUACGUCUGCUCACAAGUCCUCGCUCUGGUCUUGUCUGACUCUCUGGUUUUAUUUCAGCAGCUAACCCUCCAUGAAAUCAUCCAGUCCUCCUCCAACACUCAGUUUUUUAUUUUCCUGACGGUGUUCGAAUAAAAACUGUAAACAGAGAGUCUGACAAACGUGGAGCCUUAAGCUCCGUAAACGCAGCUUUAGUAUUUAUCACUAAACUUAUAAACUCAGAGUCAGAUCACGUCUUCUUACAGAUGGUGGAAACUAAAGCCCAGAUCCAUCAGAACAGGGUUCACAGCUGCUCGGAUGAGUCUGAAACUGAGUCUCCCUGACACCAAACUGGGACCACUGCCUGAGGAGGGUUUGAUGGUUUGGAGAUGGUUCAGGUCCGGUUGGGACAGGGACCUGUUGACCUUUGUGUAAACAGGUCCCUGUUGUCUCAGUCUGCUGCUCAGGGUCCCUGGUCUUCAGUUUUUUCAUGAUACUCCGAAUGUUUUCAGUUGGGGAGGAGUCAGGACUGCAGGCGGGCCAGUUCAGAACCAGGACUCUUCUACUACAGAGCCGUGCUGUCAAUGUUCCUCAAUGGUCCCUCUCAAGAUCCGAAAGCUACACCUUCAUCUCCAAACCAUCAACUGCUCAAUGUCCUCCUCUUAAGGCUCCUCAGAGUUUGAUUGGCUGUCACCUCACCUGCACUUCCAACAUUAAUGGAUCUGUGUUUACAGACACAGAACAGGCUGUACAAGUACAGGGUUAAUUAAAGUUCAUUAAGUUAACUGGAAAUAGUUAAGUUAAUUAAAGUUAAUUGGAGUGAAUCAAGGUAAUUGGAGUUUGUUGAAUUAUUAGAGUUGAAUGGAGUUGGUUGACUUAAUUGGAGUUGGUAAGUUAAUAAGGGCUAGUUGUAGUCAUUUAAGUUAAUUAGAGUUUGUUGUAUCAAUUGGUGUUUAUUUGAGUUAAUUGAGUUAAUUGAAGUUAGUUGAGUUAAUAAAAGUUAAUUGGAAUUAGUCUUGUUAAUUGGAGUUAUUUGAGUUAUUUGAGUAAGUUUAAGUCAAUUGAAGUUAUUCUAGUUAAUUGUAGUUUGUUGAGUUAAUGUGAUGCUAUUGGAGUUAGUUUGAGUUAAGUGGGGUUAGUAAGAGUUAAUUGGUGUUAAUUGAAGUUAAUGAUCAGACGGUUUAAGACCCGGUCAGGUGAAAUAGUAGCUGCUCUUUGUUUUAAUCACUCAGAUCUUUGUCGCUCUCAGGUUGUCAGUCACUCCCGCUGUUUAGAUUAAUAGGCGAUGAAUGAGGCGUAUGGGACUCAUCAGUUCAUGAGUCUGAGCUCGCCGACCCUCAGGUUUGAUAACGCCAUUUUCUCAGAGUGUCAGGAAAUGAAGGAUAUCUGGUUCAUGUUGGAACCUUGUUCCCUAAACGGGCUGGACACUCACAGAAACAUCUUCAUCCCUGCUCUUCAUCACGUCCACGCUCCUCCGUCCUUCACUCCUCCUCCUCCUCUGUCCGUCUGUCUGUCUCUGCACUCACCGUGUUCGCUCCUCCGUUGGUUUGAUGAACUCUUCUUAGUUUGGACUCCUUUAGUUCUAUAAAGCCCGGCUCAUCUCUGUGUUUUCUCCUCUCUCCCUCUUUCAGCCUCCGCUCAGAGACCUGAGGAAGUGAUUCAGCGCUACAUGGAGGUCGUGACCGGAGUACCAGAUGAGGUAAAUGUCUCGGUCUGUUUUUCCUCCUAGACCUGCUGAGAAAGACCUGAUUCUGGUCUCUGACUCAGACUUUUACGGGUCAGUGGUUAACUGUCAGCAGAAACAGAGAAAUGUGAUUUUUCACUCGGAUGAGUCCGGCUGUAAAACCGAGUCAGUCUGAGUCUCAUCAGAGAUUCACCGUGUCUCUUUCAGGACUGCAUCAUCUGCAUGGAUCAGCUGUCCAACCCGUCCGGCUACGAGACGGCGUCCACAGAGGAGGGCGGCCAAAGCAUCCUGCCAGACACUGUGGGGAAAUUCAUCAAGUGUGGACACACCCUGCACAUGCUCUGUAUGCUGGCCAUGUACAACAACGGGACCAAGGUUCGGAGACGCCGCCGCCGCCGCCACGCGCUGCAUGCUAACUACUCACACAAUCAGUGGACUAAGUCACUUUGGGAUGUAAAGCUCUUGUGUGUAUCGAUUGACCUGAAAAAGUCCGCCAUGACAUUCAGCGUGAGGCGAGCGGAGGGAGAGACUCUUAAAGGGACAGAGUCCGAUUUAAAAUCCUUUUAGUGGAGAACAGGACUUAAGUGUCUUUAUUGGUCCAGUUAGUUUCAGCUGUGCACACUGCCGCUACUGAAAUCUCACAUGAUCAUUAAUAUUAAUGCUCCACUAAUGACUACUGUGUGUCCUUAAACCUCAGGACGGCAGCCUUCAGUGUCCCUCAUGUAAGACAAUCUACGGGGAGAAGACCGGCACGCAGCCCAAAGGAAAGAUGGAGAUCUACAGCAUCGCCCAGUCGCUGCCGGGACACCCCGACUGUGGAACCAUCCAGAUCAUCUACAGCAUACCUCCUGGUAUACAGGUGUGUCCUCAUGGAGAUCUGUACGUGUGUCCUCGUCUCUCCUGCAGUCCUACAGAGUCUGUGCAGAGACUAAAAGUCCCCAUGGACCUGGAACAUGUUUACACUGAGUCCAGGUCUGAGAUCCUGUUCCUGCAUGAUUCAGUUUCAGGGUCUAAUGUUGAGACGUCUCUGACUUACAGAUCAGGAGCCGGAGGAUAAACAGGAGAAAACUGAGAGAUGUUUUCUUACCCUGAUUCCACCUCAACUCCACCUGACAAGAGUUUAAAAAGUCGGGAUUAAAAAGUUUAAGUUAAAAAGUCAGAGUUAAAAAAGUCGGGAUUAAAGCCAGCGUAAAAAUGUCAGCUUUGGUUCCUGACUCUGGGAGAACUUCACUUUUCCGUCUGUGUCCUUUAGUGAGCAGAAGCUUCAUGUCUGAUGAGUUUACAUCAGAGGAUCAGACCAGUAUUGAGCUGUUGGACCUCUUUUAGUCCAGACCUUCAGCAGAACCUCCAGAACCAAACUUUUGAACCUCUCCACUCACCUGAAACUUCUCCUCUUCCUCCUCCAGGGCCCCGAACACCCUAACCCGGGGCAGCCCUUCACCUGCAGAGGGUUUCCUCGCUUCUGUUUCCUCCCAGACAACGACAAAGGCCGAAAGGUAAAGAAUACACCAGACUUUCCUAAUACUGAACCCAGAACCGCCAGUCCUCCAAGAACCAUGUCCAGAGUUUCACCACCAUGCAGCUGGUUGAAGUCCAGGAUUUCCAAAGUAGACACUAAAGUGACUUUAGACCCCUGUCUUAGUCCAGGUCUGAGUCUCCUGGUGUCUCUGGUCCAGGUACAGAGUGACAGUCCAACCCUCGACACCGGCGUCUGCGUGAGGCUCCACGGUCCUGACCGUGUCUCCCUGUGAUUAGAUGAAGAACACUCUGGGCUCGUUAUAAAGUGGUGUGGUUUCCACGGUAACUCAGCGGUUCGUUUCCUGCUCAGUGACAUCUGCAGCUGCGCUCUUUAGCGUCUAUAAAUAACCUCCAUGUUCUCCCGUUAAUGGAAAUUAAGACCAAAUUACCCCGCUGGAGGUUUUCUGAGUCCCACCCUCAGAGUCCGCUGGGUUUCGCUCUCUGCAGAACACGCCGGAAACAUCAGCGAGUCCCUCCGUACACGCCGUAAACAGUCAGUCAUCGGUGGAGCGUUUUUAGGAGAUGGUCUAGAGGAGCAGGAACAGAGACCUCUCUGACUGUGUCCUCCAUCACUCUGUGCGUUUACAUCCACAGUUUAAUCAGACUAAGCUCAUAGGACUUUUCAGCGGCGCUGUUUCCGACCCCAUCCAACUGUCAACAACAACAGCAGGUCGGUUUCAGACGUCAGAAGUGUCUACAACUGCUGCUGGGCAUUUUGGAGAAACAAGAAGAUGGAGCAUCGUACAGUUUUGUUUUUGUCCGACAUGAUGGACGCGCUACUUUUUCUAAAGAGGAGACCAACGCUACUCCUCUACUCUGGGGUUUUGUUAUGGGGUUACGGGGGCGUGGCUCAUUGUCCGAUCAUACUCCAACUACGCUGGUUACAUGGUAGAGAAAAUCGAAUUCCAAUCUCAUUAUCUGGAUGUCUUAAUCGGAGUUCUCAAACUCUGAUUAUAGUCGGACUAAGGUGUUUACAUGACCUUCAGAUGUCCGGUCUUAAUCGGAAUAAGGCGAUAAUUCGGUUUUCUCGAGUGUCAUGGAAACGGACUGAGUGACUCACAGGAUCAGUUCAGGUCUGAGCGGUUUUAGUGCGAGAGGAAAGAACUUUGACUUUUACAACUUCUUCAUUCGUGUCCAUGAUUCAAAAGUUUCGGGCAAAAGAGAAAAAAGUUCAUAAAAUCUAAAAAAUUUGGUCUGAACCUGCUGAGGUCCGAGCAGAAUUUGUGGGACAGAACCGGUUGGAGGUCUUGGACUUUUCCGAGUUCCUCUGAAGGUCAGACUCGGUGAACAAACAUGAAACCUGCUCUGAAAAAACUCCAACAUAUUUCGUUAAGGUGGUUUCUGAGUCUCUGGUUUACGUCUGACCCGUCUCUCUUCUCUGAUCAGGUUCUGGAGCUGCUGAAGGUGGCGUGGAUGCGGCGUCUCAUCUUCACCGUGGGAACGUCCAGCACCACCGGCGAGCCCGACACGGUGGUGUGGAACGGCAUCCACCACAAAACGGAGAUGAUGUCCAACCUGUCGGGCCAUGGCUACCCGGACCCGAACUACCUGGACAAUGUUCUGUCUGAGCUGGCCUCUCAGGGCGUGACCGAGGACUGCCUCAAAGCUCCCGCUAUGGGCGUCGGCGGUGCCGGCGGCGGUGGGGGCGGCAGCAGCUAGGUCCCAGCUCCUCCUCACAUGUCCUCUCACUGCUGAUUUAACCCUCUGUGCUCCACCCUCUGCAGCCAGGUGGAGCUCCUGCACCCCCCCGCCUGUUAAUGUCAGUUAAUAUCAACAACAUCUGCUCGACCCUCAUGAGUGAGCGAGAGGGGGAACCGCCGUGAGCAGAGAACAGAGGAGGACGCCGGCGUGAUCCUCCUCAUCACAUCAAACCUCCGAGCUUCAGUGCUGAGCCUCCUGGAGAUGUUCUCCUUCUGUUUCCUCCUCCUCCUCCUCCUCCUGGUCUGGUUUCCAUGAGAACGGCAGCUUCCAUCGGGAUCAAAAUCUCAUUCAGCACUUUAGUUGUGACGGUGCGUUUAGCUGACAUACGUGUGAUUUUUGUUUUUUUUUUAACUCUGUUUGAAAAUUGGGAAGUUAUGCAAUUAAAGAGGGCGGGUUAGUGUUGAGCAGAGACACGGACACUCCUGUAGCAAAGUGAGUAUAAAUAUUUAUGAGCUGGAGAUACUCAACCGUGUAAAUAAACUCCUAACAAUACUGUAAAAAGGUAAACACAGAGAGGACACUCAGUUAACCCCGACCUCUCAGAGUCUGGAUUUACUGGACUCCCUGAACUCCUCGGAGGUCUGAUGCACUCGAGUUUAGGUUUUCAUGGUCGAGACACUGCAGGAACUUCCCUCAGGCGCUCUUUCUGUCAUUUAAUGCGUUAGUUUGUGUCGUCAUGUAUGUGAGGAGGGACGAGGCGAGGGUUUAAGUCGAGGCAGCCUCCAGAUGGGGAGGACCGCUGAGAAGAAGUCAUGAAGCUGAUUUUACAGGGUGACAAUCAAGGUCUGGACCGAGACAGGUGAAGCAGCGAGGAGCACGACCAGGUUCCUGUCGGCUACAAGCUCACUUCCUGUAUCCACACACAUUAAUCUGCUCACAGAGCUGCAGUACCGAGUCUGACAUGUAUACGAGCAAAAGUUUAAAAAGUCUGCAAUAAAGAAACACGGUAAAUCCGAC